CCUUAUCCAAUUCUGUCAGACAGGUACUACUACAUCAUGUGAUGUGCAUGAGGCAGGAGAGUUCUUUUCCUCCUUCACACCACCCAGCCAUGGCCAAGGUAGCUCCCUCCCUCCUUGCCGUUGGCAGCAGCGCCGCCUUCGGCGCCCAGCUAUCGUCGAAGAAAGGUAUCAGCUUGUUCCCCAAUCGCAUCGUCAGCAAGCGCACCAGGAUAUCAGCUAAACUCGGAGGAGAUGGGGAGCUGAAGGAGCCUCCAGGCAAGAAGAAGUUCAUCACCAGGGAACAGGAGCCAGAACAGUACUGGCAGACUGCAGGGGAGAGGAAGGGUGAGAACCCCAUGAUGACACCCCUGCCCUACAUCAUCAUCUUCGGCAUGUCCACCCCCUUUGUCAUCCUCGCCAUCGCCUUCGCCAACGGCUGGGUUAAGGUCCCCAUCCGAUGAGCUCCUGCUGUCGACGACGGAUCGGAGCACACGCGGUUGCGCAAUCAGAUGUAGGAAGUCGCCAAACACCUCUUCAGAGCCUGCAUCAUUUCCAGCGAGAGCCCUACGAGUUUUACCUUCAUAGAGAAAAUUUCUUGAUUGUAAGCAUGAAUGAUCAUAUAUGUAUUCAUAAGAUGUAUGUAACCCAACACUUUCAAAGCUCUGAAGUAUUUGCCUCUUACAAAAA